AUGGAUGUUAAUGGGAGCCGUGAUCCAACUGGCCUGCCAUACAACAGCAGCAUGGACUAUGAGGACUACGACCUGCAGCCGGACGCCAGUAAGAUCAUCAUCCCCUCCGUUUACGCUCUGGUCUGCUGCGUGGGCCUCACUGGAAAUGCCAUGGUCAUCUACGUCAUUCUGAAAUACGCCAAAAUGAAAACGGCCACGAACAUUUACAUCCUCAACCUGGCCAUCGCCGACGAGCUCUUCAUGCUGAGCGUUCCGUUCCUGGCCACGUCGGCGGCCGUUCGCCACUGGCCCUUCGGCUCCUUCAUGUGCAGACUGGUUCUCAGUGUGGACGGCAUCAACAUGUUCACGUCUAUCUUCUGCCUCACGGUGCUGAGCGUGGACCGGUACGUGGCCGUGGUCCAUCCCAUCAAGGCCGCCCGCUACCGGAGGCCCACGGUGGCCAAAGUGGUGAACGUGUGCGUGUGGGGGCUGUCCCUGCUCGUCAUCCUGCCCAUCAUCAUCUUUGCGGACACCGUCCCAGCAGAGGACGGCGGCGUGGACUGCAACUUCCUGUGGCCCGAAGCGGUGUGGUCAGAGGCGUUCGUGGUGUAUACCUUCCUCCUGGGGUUCCUGCUGCCGGUCGGCGCCAUCUGCCUCUGCUACUGCCUGAUGGUGUCCAGGAUGCGAGCGGUGGGGCUGAAGGCCGGCUGGCUGCAGCGGCGGCGCUCGGAGAAGAAGAUCACCCGGAUGGUGCUGCUGGUGGUGGCGGUGUUCGUCCUGUGCUGGAUGCCCUUCUACAUCGUCCAGCUGGUGAGCGUUUUCCACCGGCCCCCGGACCCCAUGGUCACGCAGCUGUUCGUCAUCCUCAGCUACGCUAACAGCGGCGCCAACCCCAUUCUGUAUGGCUUCGUGUCGGACAAUUUCCGCCGCUCGUUCCAGCGCAUCGUGUGCUUCCGGUGGCUGGAGUCCGGGCUGGACGCCGAGCAGGUGGAUUACUGCGCCGUGGCCCUGAAGAGGCCAGCGGCGGGCAACCCCCUGGACUUCCCCAAGGACUACCUGGCCUCUGACAUGGUGUUCCGCAACGGCACCUGUACUUCACGGACAACCACGGUGUGA